CAGAGCCAGGUGGUUUUUGUGAAUCAGCUGUCGUGGAGAGUACAAAUUCCUAUCGGGGUGGAUUCACUUUAUUCUGUAUCCUCUGUCUCUCCGCCUCUGCUUUAUUCUCUCUAUCUCGGUCUCCCUCCCUCCUUCGCUCUCUCUCUCUAUCCUUCUCUUACUCCCACUCGCCUGUGAAAGUACUAUAUCGGCAAGAGCUCUAUGUUGCAGAGGGACGAUCAUUGGCAAAAGACACAAUAAAUGCGAUUAAAGUUAGCCAUCGUGGCCAGACAACCAACUCCGGAGAAACGUUGAAAAUGGCUGGCCAUGUUCCGGGGAUCAAAGAAUGAAGUGCCUGGGAACUUUUCUGGAAGUGUUGUACCCCUGUGAUUGUGUCUGUGUGCUCAGGGAGGCUAUUUUGCAAAGCGAGACCAAUAAUUUCUCUUGAUUCCCUGACUGAGAGCUGGCUGACAGAUGAGGACGGAGUGAGCGAACCCCUCUAUUAGGACCUGAUAUAUUUUCCAAACAAUUUAGUGUAUUCAUGAGGCAAUGCAAAUGUGGAAGGAGCAAAAUUACCGUAAUCAAUUGAAACAGCGAGCGUGUGUCGAUCCAUCGCUCUGAUUAUGUGGAGAUCAUCUAUCAGCCUGAUGUGUAUGUAACAAGGCGAGGUGGCAUUAAAUCGCUUUUAAGUUUCAGUGAUAAGUCCAUGAUCAUUGGGCAAGUGAGUUGGACAAUGAAAAUAGGGCACCUUGGCGGGUGAGGCAAACGCUCCCCGAACAUUAGGUAGGUGACUCUCUGGUCUAAAAGGUGCUGUUUUAAAACAAAGCCACACUGUUGAGACAACACGACACGCAAUACUCUCUGCAAUCCCUUUUUUCAUCUGACAAAGGAAAGAAAGUGGGGGAGGAAAGAAAUAUCGGAGAGGAUAAGUGAUUAUGGAGGUCAGAUACAACCAGGAGACAGAACCGGGGAUGGGGCUGAAGAACGGACUAAAGGAUGGGAAAGACAGCAAGGAUUCCCAGGGAAACCUUUCCAAAACCUUCCUAAAGAAUCAGCAGGAGUCCUUCUCACCAUCUGGGAUGGUGGAAAACGGUGAGAAGAACCGAGCGAGCACGGGGGACCCAGACUACUGCCGGAGAAUACUUGUCAGAGAUGCCAAAGGGUCUAUACGAGAAAUCAUUCUGCCAAAGGGACUGGAUUUGGACCGUCCCAAACGAACCCGGACCUCUUUCACCGCAGAGCAACUCUAUCGCCUGGAGAUGGAGUUCCAGAGGUGCCAGUAUGUGGUUGGGAGGGAACGAACAGAGCUGGCCCGCCAGCUAAAUCUAUCUGAAACUCAGGUUAAAGUUUGGUUCCAGAACCGACGCACAAAGCAGAAGAAGGACCAGGGCAAAGAUUCAGAGCUGCGCUCGAUGGUGUCGGAGACGGCAGCCACCUGCAGUGUAUUAAGACUCCUAGAGCAGGGCCGGCUCCUCACGCCGCCAGGUCUGCCGGGGCUCCUGCAGCACUGUGGCAACGGCACCUUGAGUGUUGCCCUGCGAGGGCCCUCCAUGGGCAUGGCCAGCAAUGGAAGCAGCAGCAGCAGCAGUGGUGCCAGCUCAGGGACGGCCGGGGGCAGUCCCCCUCUGCCCAUAGUGACCAGUUCAGGGACGGUAGCGGGCCUCCAGAGCUCCCCGUCAGCUCAUGGCCUGUUCAGCUUCCCCAUGCCCUCUCUGCUGGGAAGCGUGGCCACCCGCAUGUCCUCCAACCCGCUUUCUAUGGCCGGGAACCUACAGGAACUGUCUGCCCGCUAUCUGAGCUCUUCUGCUUUUGAACCUUACUCACGGACCAAUGGCAAGGAGUGUAUGGACAAAAACGUUUUCGAAUGAUGUUUUUGAUUGGUUUCAUUUGCUCUCCUUGCUUUUUAUUACCUUGGUUUUGUUUGUUUCGCCCUCUUCUGUCCUGUUUGUGUUGUGGUUGUCGUUCAUGUGAAUCCAAUUGAGCAUCUGAUGCCUCUCGGAGGGAGGAAAACAAAGACAUACAUUUCAUUCUUAUAAGAACAGGGUGAUUGUUUUUAAGCUUUUGCACUAAAUUAAAGUUUCAUCUCCAUGUUGUGAAUUUCAAUACAAGUACUCAGAGAAACAAAUAUCCAUGAGAUUGCAAAGGGGCAGCAUUGCAUUUUUUUUUGCCACAUUUUCUCACAUUUAUUUUGCCGCAAUAGUAAUCACAAAAAGAGCCACAAAAAUGAGUCUGUUUAUGUUUUGGUAACACAUCACACAUGUUUAGCUACUGGAGGUAAUUGGCACAUUACACACAAAGCUUUUCAGUGAUUGGCCAUGGGUGUAACAUGAUGGUACCUUUUUGAUUUUGUGUUUUAUUAUUUGAUUGUUUUGGUUAGACAGUGUCACAGUAUUUCGAAGUAGAGAGUUAUCAAGCAUUACAGCUUGCGGAGUUCAGGUGACAGACUGUCAGUUCAGGACGGCAUGGUGAACUUUUUGCAGAUAAUCAUGAGGAACACAAGCAUUUAACAUACAAAUGCAUUUACAUAUGCAGAUAAUCAUGAGGAACACAGGCAUUUAACAUACAAAUGCAUUUACAUAUGCAGAUAAUCACGAGGAACACAGGCAUUUAACAUACAAAUGCAUUUACAUAUGCAGAUGUUUUGCAAUAUGAAACUACAAUAACAGUAUUUUAUACCAGUUUGUAUUUGUUUUUAUGUUUGGGCCAAAACAAACUGAAGAAAAAUGUUGUCAUACAGUAUGAUAGUUCAAUUGUUCUGUGUUAGUUGUUUUAUAAAUGGGUUUGUGAGGGUUUUCCCAAUAUGAUUUUAAACACAGUCUACAUUUGUGACUUUUAUGUCUUAAAGCUGCAGUAUUCCACUUUUUCGUCUGUGAUUUUAAGAAUACUGGAGUGGUAGUCCAGAUUUCCAUGUAAGAGUUGGAGAAAAGCUUGGAAGUGUGGGGUUGGGCAAAGGGAGGACGGAGGAAAG